ACACACAGUGAAGCUCACACACAUAUACAUAAACACACACACCAUGUCCAAAACACUGAAGAAGAAGAAGCACUGGUCCUCCAAGGUGCAAGAAUGCAGCGUCUCGUGGGGGGGUGAGGGAGGGGAGGUGCGCGUGCACGGGGGCGCGGAAUUGGGGGAGUUCCCGCACCUCGCGCACACCGUCCCCGAGGAGGAGGGGGCGCUGCUCGUGCACGCGGGCAGGGCUCCGUGCGCGGGGGACGUGCUGCUGGAGGUGAACGGCACCCCGGUGAGCGGACUCACACACCGGGACACUCUGGCCGUGAUCCGGCACUUCCGGGAGCCCGUCAGACUCAAGACCGUCAGACCAGGUGUGUAACACACACACACACCCCACACGGACACACACACACGUCU